AUGGAGGAUACAAGUCGAGCUUGGAAUAGGCAACAGUUCUCUGAGGGAGGUCUGGACAUGUACAGACACAGUACGGAUUAUUCAUCUCGAGCAACAUUCACAGUGGCAUUUCAAAGACAGUUAUACACGCUUGACCUGAUGCCAGAUGGCGUCAAAAAGCCGUUUGCUGUCACAGCCAUGUGUCAUUUGAUCGAGAUGGCCGCUCUUCUCGGCUCCCAUUGGAAACAGUUCAGCCGUCGCGAUGACAGGUAUAUUGCGGAUGGCAAUGGCAUUCUCAUCACAGGUACAAAUAUACCCCAUUUGGGGCUAAUGUUUACCUUUGCAACCCAUACUUCGACCACAUUCGAGGCUGGUCGUGUCAUCCCUUCCUACGACAUGAAGUACUACUGCUUCGGGAUGGUACCUACGAUUUUCAUCGCAAAUGAUGAAGCUCGAUGGAGAAGAAGAGUUCCCGACUAUCCUGAUAGCUUAAAACUGGGCACCAAUAGUGACAUUGUUCAAACCCUUUCCAGGCUAGGGUGCUAUCCGGAAUCAUUAGACUGUUUUGCUUUGGAAAGCCGACACAUUACAACCCAUCUAUUCCCAGUUAUAUUUGAGAUUAUCGGCAUGGCUGCUAGCGUGGUCUGCAUCAAAGGACUGUGUUUUCGAGUGCUCCCCAACCCAACGCCAUACCAGUGGGAUAGCUCGCAGCUUGCGUUUGACCAGUUGAUAAAAUCAUUCUCAGAGCAUCUAGCUUUAUCUGAUGACUUAAAUUCGGAAGAUGAAACAGUGCAACAGAUCACGACUUUGAGCAACCGGCUUCUGCAUAUAUCGGCAACGGCAAACGUGCCGGCAAACGCUCAGAACUCAAGGCAGGAGUCGGAAACCACUGUCGCCUUGAGUCCUCAGCUUAUGGAUGAGCUGCAGGACUCCAUCGAAUGGACUACAUCUGUGGUCACGUCCGAAUUUCCCCGAGACAUCUUAUUGGAUGUGAUUAGGGCACACAUAGACGCUGUACUUGGCUUGCUCAAUGAAGACCACUCGCAGGAUGGCAUCAGUUCGACCAUUUCUUAUAUCAUGCCAUCUGGAGCUUACCAUAGAAAAAUCAGGACUAUGCCCACAGGCUGGCGCGAAAAUGAGUUGGCAAAGUUCUAUACGGACGUCAUUCUCCAUCGUGUCGUGUCAAGACUUGACCGUGCGCGUCAGAGACGUGCGCAGACCUUUGAGCCUCCAGACGCCGCCGAACCAUGGCAAAGAGAGCAGGACUCCAAUUUCACAGAACCCAGAAGGUUCUUACCCGGUCAAGUCAAAGCUUCGGCUGCUAACGCCUGGGCGUUGCUUAUGUUUCGCAUGAUUUGCUGGCUCUGGCUGCACGACUUCCACCCUGACGAUGCUCAGAUAUCAAAGGCCGACUUUUUCAAUAGCCGUCUUCCUGUCUACAUAAGUUAA